AUGGCCUCUUUCGAAAGAGCUGCUGAACGCAUGAAGGCUGCUUUCAAGCCGGCCUAUCACCUGCUCUACCAAGAUGAGGUGGAUGUGGAGCAGAAAGGAGAGCCCCAGGCCGAGGGAUUGCAGCAUCAAGGCAAGAAACAGAGGCCGAGUCCCUACAAGAUGGUAAUCUCAUUUCUGGCGUUUGUGGCCUGGAGCGUUGUCGUCUUCGAUGCCGGCACCUGGUACCCUGACGAAGAGAGCUGCGCCGUGCAGUCAUCAACGUGGUCUCCUGCCCAGACCCUCAUUCGAUACUCGCCACAAACAAUCACGGGCAGCUUCUACCGGAAGUCACCGUUCAGAGGCGCAGGUGACGACGUGGACCAAGCAUGGGAUGAUUUGUGGAUGCUUGGCGGAGUCCCCGUGCGCGUCGAGGAAUCGAAGCUUGGGGAACUGCAUAAGGACCCGGCCCGCAACUGGACCAGAAUCCCCGAAUCCAUGGGAGGGGGAAUCGCAGGAUAUCCAGAAGUGUUCCAUCAAUUGCACUGUUUGAACGUAUUGCGCAUGGCAACGUAUCCGGACCACUACGCCAACAACACCUUUUUCGUGGACCACCCGCCGCACGUUGUCCGUGGGCACCUCGACCACUGCGUCGAGAUCCUGCGGAUGCAGCUGCAGUGCUCGGCCGAGAUGACGCCCAUCCUCACCGAGGAGGGCCUCCCCGGCCACGAGUUCCCGACGCCGGAUUUCAAUGUCGUGCAUGUGUGCAAGAACUUUGACGACCUCAAGGAGUGGACAAGGUCGCAUAUUCUGCAUGGUGCUGGCAACUGGGACAUUCCGGGACACGGGCAUUGA